GUUAUGUUGGUGUCCGAUGAGUCUCUUAUCGCUCAUCGUACACGUUCAAAGUUUAGAAACAAAAAUGAAUCUGUGGUUGUUGAUAAGUUUAUGGCUGCUGAAACCACAUCUGUUAGCCGUAAACGUUCUACAUUGAAAAGGUCGAAAACAAUUUCAAUCAUUGAGUUCACCAAAGUCGCCGAGAACAGAAUGCGUUUACCGUCUGCUAUUUCCGAUGAGUUGUCUCUUUCUUUUCACAACCUCCGUGAUGUUUCAAUCCAAAACAUUAGAUGUGAGGUAACAAACAUGAAGACGAUAGCGGAAAAGAAUGGAGAUGGUUACAGGUAUGGUUUUUCCAAGUGGUCGGCUUUCUUGAAAUCAAAUCAAAUACACAUGGCGCUACUCUUUUCUUUAAAUAUGUCAAGUCUUCGCAGCUUUUGAUUUUGACCAAAUUUGUACACAAGACGACAAAGAAAAGAGGCCGUCCGUGACUGUUUGCAUUUGUGGUUGUUAGUUGGUUUUGUAUAUGUUUUCGUGAACUGGUAGUUAUUAGUUGAUGGUGGGUUUACAGUUGUUUGCAUAGUUUCUACUUGAUCUUCGUAUGGCCCAAGUUGGAUGUCAGUUAUGUUUUCUGUUUGGACAAUUAGUACUUAAACAUGCCCUCUUUUGUAAGAAAGUUUACAAGUUAAUUUUUGUUUUAAUUUAGAACAUAAUUUUGGUACUACUCUUUUUUCCAAUUUUAUU